GCAAACCCUCACUUCGCCGUUAUCUUCUCUUUGUGCAGCGGCACUCCUCACCUUGCAAUUCGUAAUAUAUGCUCCUCGUUUAAGCCGGGCCAUAAUAGGAAUAGAGGCCUAGUUCAUUGAUUGGUGAAGUAUUUGUUCUUUGUUUGAUUUGGCUUGAAUAGAGCUAAUGGUUGGUGCACAUAGUUGGGAAAGAUGCAGAUAUUCGUGAAGACCCUGACGGGGAAGACUAUUACCUUAGAGGUAGAGUCAUCGGACACCAUUGACAAUGUUAAGGCUAAGAUUCAGGACAAGGAAGGCAUUCCACCGGACCAGCAGCGGUUGAUUUUCGCAGGUAAGCAGCUUGAGGAUGGCCGAACACUAGCUGACUACAACAUCCAGAAGGAGUCCACCCUCCAUCUUGUCCUUCGCCUCCGUGGUGGUGCAAAGAAGCGUAAGAAGAAGACUUACACUAAGCCAAAGAAAAUCAAGCACAAGAAGAAGAAGGUUAAGCUCGCCGUCCUCCAGUUUUACAAGGUUGAUGAUUCCGGUAAGGUUCAGAGGCUCCGCAAGGAGUGUCCCAAUGCUGAGUGUGGUGCCGGUACUUUCAUGGCUAACCACUUUGACAGGCACUAUUGUGGUAAAUGUGGGCUUACCUAUGUUUACCAGAAGGCUGGUGGUGACUAGAUGAGUGUUACUUUGCUUAUUACUUUAGCACUAGUUUUUUCCCCACAUUUCUUGCCCUAUACUUUCCUAUUGUCUUGUUUGUGACAAGAUGUAAUGAAUUUGAGUGGUAUUGUGUUUGCAGCUUAUGAAAUUAAGGAUUUUUGUCAGCUAAAAUAUGUUUUCCCUUUUGUUUU